CAGGGCUUUUACGUGUAACAAGUAUUUUUUACACUGUAGUACUUCUACUUUUACUUUAAAAAUCUGAGUACUUUGUCCACUAGUGAAUAUUUAACAGUAUUGUAGUGGAGUAUAAAGUAACAUGAAAUUAAAUAUUUAAGUAAGUAUGAGAACCUCACAGUUGUAUUUAAGUACAAUACUUCCACCACUGGGAGAGGAGAGUACUGAUAGCACACAGUAAACACAGACACAAUAACCUGAACCCCAGAGAGAAACCCAAUGAAACUCCCUCCCUGUUGGAGACGUGAUUUACAUGAACGAUAGACGAGAGGAGCACAGCGGUGGGGGAAGCGUAGCCGGGUGGCGUCUCUAGUAAUUGUAUUGAUUAAAGUCAGGAUCCUCCAGCUGUUUGAACAGAGUCCCAGACAGAGCAGCGCUGGAAGGAAACUCUCUGCUAUUAAUGCGAUUCUUCAGUGUGUGGAUGGAUGAACUCUCUGCUUGGUAUUCUGCUGCUCCCUCAGCUGUAAUUAAAAUGUGAAAUCAGAGAAGUUUGGUCCCAUGGAGCCAAAGAGUCCAGCUGGCGAUGCUGGGUGACCGGUACAGCAUAAUCCACUAAACCAGGCCUCACUGAGCCUAGAGUCACUAAUACUCAUGAUGAACUGUAUCAUCGUUGUGACCGGGGGUCCACCCUGGACAGGUAGAGGAUGUUCCUGGGAGUAACAUACUAGUCAAAGUGUUUGUAAGCUGAGCAUCAGGCUGCGAUCAGUGAACCGAUAACAUCAGUGCUGUUGUUCUGCUCUUAAACCCAUUUGGCCCAGUGCAGCGUUGUACCGGAAACGGUGAUACACCUUAACCCCGGAAUCGUCACAUUAGCUGACGUCACCUUGAAAAUGGCCCAUUGUAUAAUCAUCAUCAUCAAACUUUACUCUGGAUGCGGUGGGGGCCCAUGAAGAAGGUAACGCAACAAAUACCAGAGCCAAUUAAAACAGAUACAGUAGAACAAUACAAAAACCACUGGUAACCGGUCACCACAUGUUGUUCAGUCCAUUCAUUACAGUUAAAAGAUAAAAUCAAACAUCAUUUAGAAUGAUCGAGGAAUAACAAGGUUUUCACUGUGGGUCCUACUUAUGUCAAAACUCUAAACCAGACUGAUUGAGUUAAAAACGUAGCUACGCCCCUGCACACCGGCCCCCGCCUCAUAGAACAGGUCAAAUAAAAACUAUUCAUUAAAACCAGGAGCAAUUUCCUAAAACUAGUAGAAUAACCGUUUAUUUUGACAUGAUGGUCUCGGAAGCCCUGUCCGUCUCCACUCGGCCCGACUUCAGCCCGAGGUUCGCCCGGGGACAUCUCACCGGUAACACCCACCGACGAGGCGGCCGGACUGACCGCUUCUCCUUCUUCUUCACCGGAGAGCACAGCGUCGUCACGGCGGCCCGGAGCUCCGACUCACGUCCUUCCCUCCUGGGUCAGCCGGACCGCGACGAGCCGCUGACAGGACGCGGAGCAGGGAGCUUCUCCUCACAGUGAUGGACGUCACUCCGCCCGGCGGACCUGGCGGAGGAGCAGCCCGGUCCUGGUUCACUGACGCACCGACGGUUCCCCCACCCCCCUGAAUCUUAAUCAUCUUUCUACAAUGUCACCACCAAGGAGACGCCGCUGAGGCACCGGCUCCGCUUUAGCUAACGUUAUCCCCGGUAUGAGCGGAACCGAACCUUCCCGUCACAUCUGACCAGGGCUUGGGGUGGUGGUGGCAGGCUGGCGGGGCGAAACAUUUGGAUUUUUUGGAUGAGAACCGGGCACCGGGCCGGAUUCCGUGCGGAGGGACGACGGCCAGAGCGGAGGAGGAGGCGGGAGGAGGAGCAGCGGGGGACCGCACUGACAGCCUCGUCCCCGGGGGUCGUGAAGCAGCGAGGCGGCCUGAGGAGGAUGUGAAGAUGGGUUUAGUUUUCGGUCUCCUGUGGCUUUUUACCGGCUUCCUGCGGGGCGUGCACGGCCAGGGUGUGUACGCGCCCCCUACAGCACAGAUUGUGCCCUCUGGUCGGACUUGUAAUGUGGAGGAGGAGCGGCCCACUGAGAGAGUCUACACCAUCAGAGAGGGGGAAACGGUGGAGCUGCAGUGUCUGGUCACAGGACACCCCCGACCACGGAUUCGGUGGACUAAGACGGCCGGCGGAGCCUCGGAGCGUCAGGGCGACUCGUAUGUUCACAACGAGACUCUGAGGAUAGAAACCAUCAGCCGCCACCAGGGGGGGCGCUACUACUGCAAGGCAGAGAAUGGACAUGGGGCCCCCGCCAUCCGCUCCAUCCGGGUCGAUGUCUACUACCUGGAUGACCCAGUGAUAACGGUACAUCAGAGCGUCGGAGAGGCGAAGGAGCAGUUCUACUUUGAGAGGACGGUGUUCCUUCGCUGUGUCGCCAACUCCAACCCACCUGUCCACUACACCUGGAGGAGAGGCAGGGACGUGCUGUCGCAGAUCUCCGACUCGGGAGUGGAGAUCUACGAACCUUUUUUUACACAGGAUGAGACAAAGAUCUUAAAGCUGAAAAAUCUUCGUCCUCAGGAUUAUGCCGACUAUACCUGCAUCUCCUCCGUCAGGAACGUCUGCGGCAUCAAAGACAAGAGCGUGCACUUCAGCCUGAGCAACAGGACAGCUCCUCCCUCCAUUAAGCUGCUCGUGGACGACCCCUUGGUGGUGAACCCGGGGGACAUGAUCACUUUGGUAUGUGUGGUGUCGGGCGGAGACCCUCCCCCCACCCUUAGGUGGGUGAGGCUGGGAGGGGAGGAGCUCCCAAAGAGGAGCAUCAUGAAGGGCGGCACACUGACUGUCCCCGCUGUCACCACAGAGGAUGGCGGCGCCUACAGCUGCGUGGCGUCCAACAACGUGGGAAACCCUGCCAAGAAAUCCACCACCGUACUGGUCAGAGGUCUUCGCAAAGGCCGGUUCUGGAUCACGCCCGACCCCUACCACAACGAUGACAACAUCCAGAUUGGCCGGGAGGUGAAGAUCAGCUGCCAGGUCGAGGCUACGCCGCCAGAGGAGCUGCAGUUCAGCUGGCUGAAGAACGGCCGGCCGCUGAGGAGCUCCGAGCGGAUGGUCAUCACGCACACUGACACUGACGUCUCACCGGGAACCACCAACCUCGACAUCAUUGACCUCAAGUUCACCGACUUUGGCACCUACACCUGCGUGGCUUCACUGAGGAACGAAGGAUUCCCUGAGAUCAGCAUCGAUGUCAACAUCUCGUCCACUACAGUUCCUCCAGAGCUGACCGUCCCCAGGGGGCGCUCUCACCUCAUCGUUCAGGAGGGCGACACCGUGGACCUGCAGUGUCUGGUCUCAGGGAAACCAAAACCCAUCAUCCUGUGGUCUCGGGUGGAGGAGAGCGGGGCGGCGGCUCCGAUGCCCGACGGCUCGGCUCAGACGGAGAGCUACGAUGGCGUCCUGAGGAUCGGCAACGUGACGAGGGAGAUGAGCGGGAUGUACCGGUGCCAGACGAGCCAGUACAAUGGGUUCAACGUGAAACCGCGAGAGGCCCUGAUCCAGCUCGUGGUGCAGUUCCCUCCUGUGGUGGAGCCGGUGCAUUUGGAGAUCCGUCAGGCUCUCGGCCGGGCGUUCGGCCUCACCUGUCGCCUGCUGCGAGCUCACCCUGCCCGCCUCCUGCGAUACGAGUGGAAGCUGGGCUCCCGCCUCCUCACCAUCGGGCAGCUUGGCGAUCAGCAGGACGAAACCAGCUACAAUGUCAGAGCUCUGAACCGAGAGGGCUACGGAGAGUACACCUGUGACAUCACCAAUGAGGCCGGGGCGGGCCGCUGCACCUUCCUAGUCACAGGCAAAGCCUACACUCCAGAGUUCUACUACGACACCUACAGUGCUCUGUGGCAGAAUAGGCCCCGAGUGUAUGGCUUCAAGCUGCAGUGGACUCAGAUGAGGCCCAACACUGUGGACCGGAUCCUGGCCUACAGACUCGGCAUCCGCCAGAUGGGUCAGUCUCGCUGGUGGGAGCAGGAGAUUCCCAUGGAGGGGCACAUCCAGGAUGGAGAGCUGUUGACCUACAACCUGACUGAACUCGUCAAACCUGAGUCCUACCUGGUCCGCCUCACCCCCAUCACCCGCUAUGGAGAGGGGGACCCCACUGAACGCAUCAUCACAUACAGCGCUCCUGUUAACCCACAUCUCAGGGAGUUCCAGUGCGGUUUCGAGGACGAGGCGUUGUGUUUGUUCUCUCAGGACAAAACUGAUGAGUUUGACUGGACACGUCACAGCGCCGCCUCACGAGAUACCAAAUACACCCCAAACACCGGGCCGAGCUGCGACCACAACGGUUCCAAGCAGGGUUUCUACAUGUACAUCGAGACGUCGAGGCCGAGGCUGGAGGGAGACAAAGCCCGGCUGCUGUCUCCCACCUUCAAUAUGAACUCCAAGACCAGCUCUGUCACCAACAACCCCACAUACUGCUUCGCCUUCUACUACCACAUGUACGGGAAACACAUAGGAGCUCUGAACGUGUUCCUGCGUCAGAAAGCUCAGAUGGUGACGGACACCUUGGUCUGGAGUCUGACCGGUAACCAAGGAGACCGAUGGAGACAAGCCAAGGUCAACAUCCACCCAACCGUAGCCUUCCAGCUUCCUGUCUCUUCUCUCUGGCAGAUGGCGAUGGAGGGAGUCCGAGGCUCUGGUAUCGAGGGAGAUAUCGCCAUCGAUGAUGUCACUAUCGAGGAGGGCGAAUGUAAAAACCCUCCACCCACUAAUCUGAGGUCGCUCGCCCCACCCCCAUUGCCCCAUAUAUGGCAGCUGUGCAUCACCCUGAGUCUGGGUCUGAUUGGCCAGCAGAGGUGACACACCCCCCGCAUCCCUUCCUCCACAUCCACUGCUGUCACCCUCCACCCCCCAGCAAUCAAAGAUGUGAGCAGAGCUUCAGAGGGAAUUCCUGCCAAGAUGGCUGACACAAAGGCCAAAAGGUCACGUGGAGAGAUCAGUGGUACCGUACCGCGAGCUGGGCGGACAAACAGCAGUCUCUCUGAAUUUUGGAGGGGGGAGGUCACUUCUUAGAGUGGGCGGAUGGACAGAGCCGUAUUUUUCAAAACAGUUUUUGCUUUGACGUGUGUGUCUGCGGUGGACCGAGGAGGAGAGUUCACCCUCUGCCAUGACAUCAAGUGCCUUCAGACUGACAGGAAGAGACGGCCAGGCUGAGGAUCGCCACCGCCAUCGAAACAACACACAAUAUUAAUGACCAGGGAGAAAUUGACCAGUAAACAGAAAUACGUGGAGAAGCAGCAGCAACAAAGAAGCCAUGAACUGGAACCAGACAUGACAGACAGGAAGAUCUUGAUUCAUUUAACGUACAACAUGCAGUCAUGAUUUGAGACUGGAUUUUUCAGAAUAAAACCACUUCCUGCCAGAUGAUGCUCAGCCCUAAGUCAAUGGGUUGGAGUCUUUGACACUUCCUGAGACCAUCAGUUCCCUUAAACUGCAAAAACAGCUUUUGGAAAAAUGAAGGAAGAAAAAGUGAUCUGUAAAAUUAAAUCUUUUAUUGUUACUAUGAAAUAUUAUAAAGACCAGAGAAAUCUUUACACUUUUCAUUUUUAAUCAUCUUUUGUUUUGUUGGCUUUAAUGAGACUGGAUUUCUUCUUCAGAUGUUUACUUUUCAUUUGUUUUUGUUAGUUUUUUUCCAAUAUGUGGGAAAAAAUUGAAACAUUGGGUAAAAUUUUUUUCUUAUUUUUAAAGACUUGGUGGAUAUAUUCAGGUUUAAGGCCCAUCCUUUCUAUUCAAGACAAAAGCAUCCAUUAAAAAGCACAACAAACAAUUUAGCUAAAUGGUGUUGACACACGAACAACACAUCUGUACACAUGUACACAUCUGGCCACUUUAAUUAGGUACACCCGUAUGCACUUCAGUGCAACAUUUCCGCCUUAACAUCUGUGUUUGUGAAGCUAAUACCUAAUAUUCUGACCCUCUCA